AUGGAUCUGCGUAUGUUCUUCUUGAUUGACAUUCAUGCCGGUUUUGCGGCGUCAUGUUCCCUUCUUUUCGAAGUCUCGCCGCCCGUCACGGCGGCCGACGGUGAUCUGCUCUCAAUCUCCACUGCUUCUAUAUCGGUCGGUGUGGAUCGGCAUCUCGGCCUCUGUCCCUGUUCGAUGCAAACGGCUCGCUGGACAUUCAGAGGCACAGCGGCGAUCCCGCUUGCUCCCAGUCUGGCCGGGGGAGAGGGGGGGGGAGGGGUAUCAUCUGCAGUCCAGUCCACUCAUCCACUUUGGAGGUUGCGGGAUUGGACAGUCCAAGGUCUGCCCUCUGGCUCCCCACCUCUCCAUCUUCUUCCUCCUCAGGAGCGGCUGCGGCUGCCAGGCCCGUACUUCAUAUCUGAGUUUUACAAAAGGUUUCCUUUUUUUCUCUUUUUUUUCGGUGGGAACGUAGAGCCGCAUGAAUUUUGCAUCGUUCUGCAAAAUCUUUGCAUAGGUCCCGCCCCUCAAUCUUCUCUCUUACUGGCUGGAGUCAAGCUGGCCGAGUGCAUAAUCUAGAGCCCAGGGCAUGAGACGAACAGAGAAAUCUCCGGGUUCCACGGCAGUCUCAGCGGAAGCGUGCUGCCAGCCAGAGUGAUGCGGGCUCGUUUCUAGAAGACGAGAGGAGUGCAUCUACCUCGUGUGUGAGCGGAGUCUUGAGGGGUUUGUCGCUGCCGAUAAAGCUCAGAGAGAUGGCAGGGUUGGGCUGCGGACUAGUGACUGUCCCAAGGAUGUUCAUGGAUCAAUCCGAUUGCCCUACAGGAACGAAAGUGUCACGAUUAUUGCUCCAAAUACGAGCAAGUGCUCAAGAGCCCACAAUGAUGCCUAUUCAUUGCUCUUCUGCAAUGGUAUAUCCUUUGUAGGAUGUUUGCGUUACGUUGCCUCCCUUUGUAGGAGAUGCUUCUACAUCGUCUAGGAUUUGUGACUAUCCUUAUAAAAAUCCCUUCUAGUAGUGUUAUGGUUUGUUGCUAGUUAACAACUCUUGCCUCCCACUACUUGCCCCAUUUUACUGCCACCAUGUUCUAAUGUGCCACCCAUGCAUGUAGUAUCUUUAGAAGUCAAAUUCACAUUGCUUACCGCUGGCACACCCUCCAUGUUGUAUAUACUCGCAGCACCAUAGCUUCGUCCUGUCACUUGCCUUCGUAUGCACAUACAUGUCGUGCAUGCUGCGUUGUGCCAUGUUAUGCCAACAUGUGUACAUAUGUGGCAUUGAUCUCUGCACAUACCAAGCCAUGCCAUAUUGUGCCGACGUGCAUGUGCUUAUACACAGCUACCCGGCCUCAUCAUGAUGGCGGGGAUGUCAUGUAUCCAGAACCUUGUUCCUCCAAGUGAGGGUGUUACAAUAUGCUUGCGUAAGAUGUUUACAAAUCUUAGAAUCUUGUAGGGUUGAGUUCAACUCUUGGGCCCAUGUGAAACGAGUGGGGAGGUUGUUAUAGCAAUGCUAAUAAUAUUUUGUUGUUCCUCCCAAAAACCUGUCCAUGGGAGGCUCGAUUUCUGCCCAAAUUGUUGGAUCGAAUUCAAACAAAUAGGUAACAAACAGUGAUAAAAUGAAGAUUCUGAAUAGAGAGUCAAGAACUCAAUGAGAGAGAGUGCAGCCAACUAUUUCUCCAUGAGAGAGCGAGAGAGAGAGAUCUUGAAAGAUAAGAGACCAUGAAGAUUAAUUUAAAAAAUUAUGGAAGAUUACAAAUUAAAAUUGAUAUUUCUAACUCCUACUCAGUUUUCAUGAGACUAUAUAUUCCAUAGAAUUAGUCUUUGGCUCUAAGAAAAUAUCAUGUUCAAUAUGUUGGUAUGAGGGUAAUUAUCUAACUUGUUUAAACACCUUUAAGUAUUUGAUCAUGAGUUGUUGUAACAUUAUUGAUCAGAUUAUUGUGAAUUUUCGCCUCAAACUCAUAGUAAAUGUGAUGAAGUUCAUUGAUGAUUAUUUUCUUGUUUUUGUAAUUCUCAACCAAAAGAGUUUAAGUAAAUAUAAAUUUGAGGUCUGCUUUUAAUACCUUUUGAGUCUUGACCAUGGUGAACUUUAUUGUCAACUAUCCCUCAUUGUCUUUUAUAGUUUUCAACAUCUUUAAUUGUUUCAUGUCCAGGAUACAUAUCAUUCAACUUAAUAAGGAGAUAGUGUUCUACCAUUUUCAUGUACAAUAUCUUUAUAAUUACACAUUUACAUAUAGUUUUUUCUUUGACAAUAGCUCUAUUACCUAUGAUAGUUCCAUAAUUGAUGGUUUACAUAGAAGGUGGCUGUAGCUCGUUGUUCAACUCAUAUGAAAUAAAAUUAUGAAUUAUCAUAUCUUAAGUGCAUAACAUAAUUGAUUAACAACUCUCUUUUUUUUUUCUUCUUACAGUCCCUCCAUUAUGUCUUUGGAUCUUCAAGUUUGUCAAGAUAUUUUAUGAUCUUUGCUUCUAAAUUUUCUCCUAUUUUAUGAUUCUUUCCAUAUACCAUUAGUAUUUGAAUCUCCCUCUUACACUUAUAACAUGAAUUGUGUUCCUCAUCUUAUGAAUAAUAAAGACAUUUAACUCUUUAAGCCAGAAUUUCUACCUAAGCCAAAUUGAGUUGUCUUUAAUUAUCUUCAUGUUGAAUGUUGUGAUAACAACAUUUAUUUCAUAGUUAAUACAGUUAAUACAGUCUUAGGAAGGGGUAAUGAUUGACUUGAAACCUCAUGAUUUAAGAGAUGUCCUAAUGACAUUAUUUCUUUUCUCUACUCAUUGAGUUGUCUUUAUGAUUGAGAUCAAUUUAUUGAGUCUAAAUUCUUCUACCUUGUGAUGUUUUAAACCUUUUCAAUAAUUGUUAUUUGAGGUUCUUGCAACUUCAUAAGGAAUCCUUAGAUACAGUCCAAUGGAACCACAUUAAUGUCUCAUCUUCAAAACUCAUUCAUGUUGUCAUCAAUUUCUCUAUAUCAAAUAAUUUGUUUCAUAGAAAAUAUAAUUUGUCUCACUAGAUUCUUCCUUUUGGCAUCAAAUCUUCUUGUCUAGUGGUUAUGCAUCACAUCUCCUUCAUGGCCUACACCAUUUGUUUCAUUCCUUGCCCAAUUCUUCCACACUAUUUUCCACUUCAUUUUAUUAUUGUAGAUGGCUCUCUAUUUGUGGUAGCCACCACAACACCUCAUGAAUUACUUCAUUUUUUUUCUCUAGAGUUUUCGGCCUACCAUAAUUUAUUUUGAGUGCCAUUGAAUCAACAUGAUACAAAUGAUAGAAACCUUUGAUUGUGAUGGUAAGAGAUAUGGAAAAGAAAGAUAGAGAUAUUAGAGAUGGACUCUCACUUGAGAGGGCCUCUGUUUCUCCUUCUGCCAAUUUGUUUCUUCUACUCAUUCCUUUUUUUUUGCCCUCCCUCAAAUCUCCUUUAUCUUCCUUCCAAUCAAAUUACCUAAAGCCCAUAGGGUUGAGCUCUUAAGUUGAGCUUUAGGUGAGCCCUAUUAGUCCUCUUAUGGUACUAAGAGUGUGUCUUUUGUCUUUUGGUGUAAACUAAGCCCAUCAAGUCCAUUAGGGGUCUAACACAUCACUCAUACCAAACAAUUUCAGGACAUUCCUAGUGUAUUUCUUCUGAGAUAUUUAGAAUUAUAUUAAUUUUCUUAUUAGGUAAUCCCAAAUUCUUGAUUUCAAAUUUCUUUUGAAACAAAGAUAUUAUAAUUCAUCUUUUUGUCAAUUUCAAUAUAUCCCCCAGAUAGAGAAUUUUAAAAAAAAAUUAUAGUUUUAAUUUUUUUUACAUAAGCUCAACAAUCAUACUUAAAAAUGAGACAAUCAAUUUUGUUAUAUUAUUGGAUUAUAGAUUAUUUUACAUUAUAAAGAAGUAUUUAGUUUGCAAAUAAGAUGUUUCAAACCUAGGUUCCUAAAUUUUUUGAGGUGAUAUGUGUAAAUGACUUCCCCCAAAUCAUAGUAAAAGAAUGUGGUCUUCAUAACGAGUUGCUCUAGUUCAAUGUAUUUAUUAUCUACAAUGAUAACACCAUUUUAAUUUAUAUGUUUUUCCACCAUAAGAGAAAAAGCUUUAUUGUAGUAAGUUCAUUUUUUGUGAAUAUUUUUUGGCUACUAAUUGAGUCUUAAAGUUUUAUCAUAUAAUUUAUAAUAUGUCCUUUUUUUUUUAAGACUUCUAAACACUUUAUUUCCUUAAAUGAGCUAUUCUAUAUCUUAUGUCAUCUUCUUAUGACGUCAUUUCAUUUCUCCAGAAUUAAUUGUCUCUUGAAAGAUGUGGGAUCAGCUUCACUUCCAAUCAAACCAAAAGAAAUGUGAUUUUUAGAAAUUUAUAUUAGAGGUCCAACAAGUUAUGUUGGUGGCAAUAUCAUUGAUUUCAACUUUUUUUUUUUUCAGUGGAUUUUUUUUUUCUCAUCCACUUUGAGUUGACUGGUGUCCCUACUAGUAUUUUUUUUUUUGUUCACUAUGGUACCCUUUAGUUCGUCAAGUAUCUUUAACAUGUAAGUUUUUAUCAAACACUAUAUCUCUGCUACUUAUUGUUUGUGCACUUGCUAAUGUCUUAACUUCAUAUUCAUACCAUAAGAAUAUACAUCUCAUUAGUUUCAAGUGGAGCUUUAAUGUUUCUUUACAUGAAAAUAUAACAUUAAUCAGGACAUCUAAAUAUCACCCAAUUUCAAGUCCUUUUUUUCUAUCUAUAUUUUUUAGCAACAUUCUGAUAGAAAAUAGUUACCACUAAUCAAUUAAUUACAACACUAUAUCAUCUUUACUUACACUACCCAAAAAUUCUUUUGUAGAUAUCUUAAACACCUUAAUCUACAUAUAAUAGUUUUAUUUAUUUUCUCUUGAACAUAAUUUAGUCUCAAUAUUUUUUUAAUUUUGAGUGUCUCAUAAUUUUGCAUUCCUCAAAAUAUUUCAAAAAUUAUACAUUCUUAUAAUUUUUACCAAUAUUAGUUCCCAAGUUCUUGACUGUAUUCUGUCUCAUUUUUUCCUUUUUUCACAAUUUUUUUUUUGAAUGUCUCUCACUUGUGUUUCUUGAAGUAAACUAAAACUUUUCAUGAAUAAUUAUCAAUAAAACUUGCAAAGUAAUAGGAUCCAUUAUUUGAUAUCACACUCACAGCUCCCAAACAUUUGAAUGAGUACUAUACAAUACUCUUUUGCCGUUAUGGGUGGUACUUUAAAACUAAAUCUUGAAUUCUUUUCAUGUAACACAAUCUUUGCAAAAAAUCUAACUUUCUGACUAUCUUAAACAGACUUCUCUUAUAAAGCUCCUUUGGAUUUGUUUUCACAAAUAUGAUUGAAUCUCUAACAUCACAAUUAAAAUGUUUUAUCUUUUGUUGAGUCUUAAAGUGUGCCCAAUGAAGCUCUACUUGCAUCUGUUUUCUGCAACAAGUUGUAAAUAUUUAUAAAGUUGUUUUUUUAUUUUCAUAACCACCAUUUCUCAUUUACAAGCCUUCAAGAUCCCAUUUCCUAUGUUAAUUGUAAACACAUUUGAAUAUUGAUGAUUUAAGUGUUUUGAUGAUAACCAUGAUAUAUUAAUAAUCAUUUAUAUAUUUCUAUAAAUGUGAAAGUGAAUAUGUAAUUCAAAGUAGUUCUAGAACUAAAUCAGAUAAUGGUAUAGCAGAUAGUUGUUGAAAUUUGUCUGAAUUUAUAUUCAUGAUUAAAGAGGAUAAAUAAAGUUACUAUUGGAUCUAAAUGAUUUAUAAGAUAGAUUUAUCUUUUGAGCCUGAAUUAGAGCUGUUUUCUUGGGCCUAAAAUAAAAUUGAAAUCAAUUUGAAAACAGCCGUUGCCCCAUGUGUGGCCCAUUAAGAGGAGAGAGAAAAAAAAGAGAGGAGGGUUUUGUCCCAGUCACCCGCGGUCCAUCCCUUUUCCUCUCAUCUCUCAUGCGCCGUCCUGUCUUUCAUCUCCUCUCUCAAGCGCGUUAUCUUUCUUCAGCCUUUUUUUUUUAUCUCACACCCAUUCUCUCUCGCUUAUUCUCGCUCUUGCCCUCCUUUUUUUCUUGUGCUUUCUCUCUCUUGUGUGGUAGGUGAUCCCGAAAAGACUUGAGCCCUGGAAAAACGAUUUGUAAUUAUCUCAAGGCUGAAAGUCAGAACGUAAGCACAGGUUUAAUAGAACUCAAAGACAAUCCUUAAAACGUGGAUGUAGGUCGAGAGUACAAAACCAUUAUAAAUUUGGUAUAAUUUUGCUUAUAAUUAUUCUUAUUUCGAAAUUGAAUAUUUGAUCCAAGGAAAGAAAAUUAUAUCAACUCAAUCCCUUUUCUUGAUAUCGUACCGCCAUUGAUAGGCCAACAUAUCUAGAGUUUUUCUAAAGAAAUUAAAUUAUUCCUGAAGUCAAAGAUGACAUGUCUCACAUCCUUAGUGUCAUGAAAGUAAUAUCAAACAUUUUAACCUUAACUAUACCUUUUCCAAUGACUUUGUAUAACAUAUCGUUUCUCAUUACAGCAUACCCUUAGUUUUUAUGUUGCAACAAACAUUAGUGUCAUACACUUUCACUGUUUUUUGAUCCCUUUCUUGAAAAAAAAUUCAGAGGUGGAAGGGUUGUUCUCCCAAUCGUUUUUAAGGUUUAACCUUGGGCAGUCUUUCCUCACAUGUUUCUUCCAAUGGGAUUUAAACUAUUCCAUAUUUCUAAUCAAAUUUUCUCUCGAUUUUGACCUUAACUCUGACUUAUUUCUCUCUGUUGACUUUGCUAUUUAUCUUUUCUGAUUUUCAUAUUUCCCUCUAUCUUUCACGUCCUUUCCUCCUUAAGCCAUCAGUCCUGCGACUUAUGCGUCUUCAAACUUCAGCCUCCUCUAAUUCUAUUACAGGAGCUGUUUUAACGUCUUCGUUAUUGAGAGUUUUCUUUCUCCACGGCAAAGUUGUAACCGAAUGAUCAUAUGAAUCGGGAAGAAAACUAAGGAUGAUCAAAGCCAUAUCUUCAUCAUUAAAGUUGACCUCCAAUCUCAAUAGUUAACUAAUGAUAUAAUUGAAAUUACCUGUAUGAGUUUUACGAUCAAACCUUCUAACAUUUUAAGCCGAUAGGAUUUUCGUUUCAGGAAUACCGCAUUCAUAAAAGAUUUUGACUUAACUUGACACUUUAUUUUUCUCUGAAUUUUUACAGGUGAACCCUCAUCCAACACAAUAAAAGACAAAUGUAUUAGCUGCUCUCAUCUCUACGCCGUCCCAAUCAUCAGUUGUCAUCAUUGCAGACUUAGUCCACUUUCCAUGUAAUGUCUUGACCAGGCUUUCCUGAACUAGCAGGUAUUUCACUCUUUGCUGUGCCAUACACAAAAGGUAGAUGUUUUGUCGAAUUUCUCCACAUCAAAUUUUGAACAAGUAUUCAUUAUUUUCUAUCGUUUAUAACCGUGUUCCGAAACCACUUGGAUCAAAAUCGGCACAAACAAGCGACAAACAAUGAUGAAGAGAAGUCAAAAGAGGAAAAACACAGUAAGAAAAUGUGAAUUCCUAGUUCAAUUAACUGCUUCUUUAUUCUACAAGAGAGAAAGAGAGAGAGAGAGAGAUCUUGAAAGAUAAGAUACUGUGUAAAUUAAUUCUAAAAACUAUGUAGGAUAGAAAAUUUGGAUUGGUAUUUAUAACCCCCUUCUCACUUUUUGUGAGAUCAUAAAAUCUCUCCCCUCAACGUAACAGCGAAGAAAAUAUGGUGCUUCCUUCUCACUCUUCUCACCAUGUUGGGUCGCAGCCCGGAUUAGUAGGCCUUUUGAGAGGUGUCCUCGUCGGACCCAAAAGAUAUAUGAGCUAUAUCUCAACACGAAUCCCUCGGAUGCAGGCAAGACCAUGAGGCCGUUUGCGCCAGACAUUGCAGUUCUCAGUCGAUAAUGGGUGGAGUCGUUUGUGGGCCCGUUUAUGGCCCCAAGUGCCUGCAUGCUCCAAGACGAAAUAUUUCGGUCCGUUUGGCUUUGGGUCCCUGUAAAUCGGCGACCGUCAGCGCCAGGAACUCCCCUUAAUUUCGUCUUUGAGCUCUGAGAGAUAUCGUCACCUGCCACUGUAUCACAAAACGGAGCGGAUGGAAGAAGACCCCCGAGCCUGUAUUGACUGGUGUUGGAGACAUGAAGAAUACUAUUUAUGUAUAUAUCAAUAUAUCGGAUGCUUAUAUUAUUAUGUGCUGCUUUUGGAUAUAUCAGAAAAUACAAUGGUCGGUGCGACGUGUGUGGACGAAACCGCUGCCAGUCGUGAGAGUAUCGUCAGGACGGGCGUCAUCACCGGUGAUGUGCCGAUGAAGUGAGCUCAACCCACCAGAGAGCAACAGCUGUUGGUUUAUCGUCCUCUCAUUCGAAGGUGGUCGGCGGGCCACUCUGGGUGUUGGCCCCACGGUUGACAAUUACUUCAGUUACACGUCGCGUCCGUGGAGCCCAGCACCAACGCCGACCACGUCCUCCGCCGCCCGGCGGCGGUCCGCUGCCCCGCUCCGGCCGCUCCGACCGUCCACGAGGGCCGGUCCAAAUUAAUGGUAAUCAUCGUCUUGAUGACGGUUUACGGUAAAACUUAAAAAAAGAUGAGUCAAUUCUUGGUGUUAUUAGCACCGUUGGUCCGUGCUCUCUAGAGUGGGCAUCCCCUCUGCAAGUUAAUUAGGAGGCUUCAUUGCGAACGCCAGCGAUGCAGAGAGAGAGAGAGAGAGAGAGAGAGACAGACAGACAGACAGACAGACAGAAGGGAGGAGGAUAGGGAUGGAGAAUAGGAGUCUGUCCACCCCGAUCUUAGCUUUGGAAUCGGGCGUUCAUUGAUGAGAAGAAGCACAUGAGAGAUGAGGACUAUGGUAAUCAGAAUUGCGAAGCUACAUGAGGGGUGAAUGGCCCGAUCAAGUGACGCUGACGUAGGAGGACGAGGGAGUGAGUGGGAGCAGACGAGGGCCGUUGGGCGGUGGCGUUGGCGGAUUCCAAUCAUCUCUCAUUCCUCUCCAAGCAUUCUCUGAUCUUUUUUGCGCGGUCCCCCAUUAGCCAUGAGUGAGCAUUCCGUAAUUAAUGGGAAUGGCUUCACUCCUCUCUCCUCCCCCCCGCCCCCGCCAACCCCCGAGUGUGACUAUGACGGGUCCCCGGAAUCUCCUUCCAACCGGCCAAUAGCAUGCACCAGGACGCCCUUCAGCUCUCUCUCCUCUGUCUCUCUCUCCCCUUUCUUCACCCUCCCUCGAAUGUCCGCACCGCGCCUGUGGGUCCACGGAAAACGUCGCUCUAUUCCCAUCCCCACUGAUCCCAGCUGUAAGAUGCCUCACUGUAGGCCGCUUCAAUCCUCAUAUCUUACUCCGUAACUACGAAGUUACAGAUAUGGGCAUAUAUGUCGUGUGAUUUCUACAUACGACUGCGUCGAUGUUCUACCGUAUGUUUUCAUGUAGCCCAUCGGAGAUCGGAUCGAGUUCUUCGCUUCAGAUGACUCGGAUGCUUGCACACCGAGACCACUCAGUCGGGCACAUCAGAGCCGUCGGAGACUUGCCGCAACCUUGUGCACGUGAACGGGCGGGAAAUCCCAGAUGGUCGUCACUCGGUCAUAGGGGGGACAUGCCAGGUGCUAAUGGCCUGGGCGGGUCUCCGAGGGCGACUCUAGUUGGGGAUAGAGAAAAGUUCCCCAAGGCGAUGGUUAGGUCUCACCUCUGGCAUAGAGUCCGGAUCAUGCGCUGCUGGGCCCUAUGUACUCAUUCUGGAGAGAGGGAGAGAGAGAGAGAGAGAGAGAGAGAGAGCCAGACGGGAUGGCAUGUGAAUGAUCUUUCGUACAACCACCUGGCAAUGACAAGAUGCCGAUCUUGGUCGGUAGGGAUCGGAGACGGGAACAUUGACAGAAAUAAUAUGCACAUGCAUAAUUAUGUUGCGGGCCGAACCUUGAAGGUUUUUUGUUGCAAAAAUCGGGCUGCACUGUGGGAAAAACAGGCCCGACCCAUCUCAUCCCAACAUAGAAUCGGAAAUCAUUUGUAGGUUAGUAAUCUGUUCCGAUUACUGGCAGGGAUUAAUUAUCCGUCGAGUUUUUCCUGUAAAGUUUGCUCGGAGAAACGAGGAAGGGAGAGAAUUCUCUGGAAGAAAACGACCUCAUCCACGAGGAAGAAAAAAAAAUCUCCUCGUCUCACAUGGCGAGCGGAGCUGGCAGCCGCUCUGCUGUGGAAACAACGACCUGUGCCGGACUGACACGUCGCCUCGCGCUACGCCUAUCUGCCACGACAGCGACAACUCCAUACACCACAGUGCCCCGCCGUCGCACGGAAGCGUUGCUCUUAGCUGAGCCGGCCGGGCGGCGCUGGCUAAGGAGGUGGCGCGAUUAUUCCGGCGCCCUCCGACGCCAUCUUCCGCGGAGAACGACAAAUGAGGACGGCCAGGGGGCUAACCCCAUCCCCGGAAGCCGACGCCGCCAGUUUCCGCGGCCUGGCUCGGCGCAACUAGACGGCGAAGGGAUAGCAGGGGAGGGAGGGGAAGAAGACGGCGCCGAGCAACUUAAUCGGACCAGCUUGAUUAGGGCAGAGGCACCUCCGGAAGGAGCCGGCCGUUGCGCCGGCCUGCGGUGCGGCGAGGGUGGAAUGGGAAGAGAGGAGAGAGGAGAGUCGACCAGUUGACGACCGCCGGGGGGCGGAGUAGGCGCUUGUUUUACUGGACAGUGACAAGGAAGGACGGCGGUGGGGUCCACCGUGGUGCGGGUGCCAAAUAAUACGAUUAGUCGGCGUGGUCGGCAAAUUAAAUAUUCCAAGAACACACCUCCUAGCGACACCGUCCCUCCCAUUAAUACACCCGCGGCAGCCCGCUCUCCCUCUGCAUAGCGAAGGAGGGAAGAGAAGACAGAGAGAGCUCAGUGCCUGUGAUACUCGGUGUCACUUCCUCUUUAGCAGGCGCUGCGAUGGGCAAGGACGUGGAGACGGCGGAGCCGCAGGCCGGUGAGUUCACUGCCAAGGAUUACACGGACCCGCCACCGGCGCCCCUCUUCGACGUCCAGGAGAUCAAGAAGUGGUCGUUCUACCGCGCCCUCAUUGCCGAGUUCGUCGCCACCCUGCUCUUCCUUUACGUGACCGUCCUCACCGUCAUCGGCCACAAAUCCUCGACCGAUGAAACAAAGGUCUCCGCCGCGGAUGCCAACUGCGGCGGCGUCGGUAUCCUCGGAAUCGCCUGGGCCUUCGGUGGCAUGAUCUUCGUCCUCGUCUACUGUACCGCUGGAAUCUCAGGCACGGAGAACCUCCAUCCUUGCGGCUCAUGCUCCGGCUUUUCGUCCUCCGGCAUAUCUGAUCCGCUCGUUUUGUGGUGCAGGGGGGCACAUCAACCCCGCCGUGACGUUCGGGCUGUUCCUGGCGAGGAAGGUUUCCCUUGUGCGGGCCAUCGCAUACAUGGUGGCGCAGUGUCUGGGGGCCAUCUCCGGCGUUGGGCUCGUCAAGGGCUUUCAAAAGGCCUUUUAUAACCGCUACGGAGGCGGUGCCAACGAGCUCGCCGUAGGUUACAACAAGGGAACUGGCCUGGGGGCGGAGAUCAUCGGUACCUUUGUCCUGGUCUACACCGUCUUCUCCGCCACCGAUCCCAAGCGCAACGCCCGCGACUCCCACGUCCCGGUAAUCCCUCUCGUUUCGUUCUACUUCUCCAUCUAUCUCAGCUCAUAUUGCACCGCCGUCGCCUGGUCUCAUGGAGCACUCCCCGAUUGGUGGAGCUGCCGGGGGCGCCGGCGGCUGCGGGGGGGAUAACUUAGGCAGAGGUGAGGGGAUUCGUCUCAUGUCACGUCACAUCACAGUUUCUGCGGUAAGAUAUCGUAGUAGAUUCACCGGGAUGGAGGCUGCCCGCGCCAGCUGUCGGGUGCAGAAGUAGACCCAAGUUGUCCCUCCCGCAUGUGACGUCACCUUCUCCUCCACCCUCCACUCCGCUAUCCUGCUUUCCUCCUCAUCCUUAACCGGGUUAGUAGACUGAUCGAGAAGAUAAGCCGAAUACAAUUAUAAUUAAUGGGUGCAUCGGUGGGGUUCGGCACUCGGAUGACAACGCACAAUCGCUAUCCGUAAUUCCACGUGUAAUAUCUGCACGGCCCCCUCGCCUGCGUUUUCUAUCAAUUUUUUUCCGCAAUUACACAGAAUACUACAACAAAUGUGAUAUUCGACAUUGCUGACGUCGACAUUGCUGCAGGUGCUGGCUCCUCUCCCAAUCGGGUUCGCGGUGUUCAUGGUGCACCUCGCCACCAUCCCCAUCACCGGCACGGGUAUCAACCCCGCCCGGAGCUUCGGAGCCGCCGUCAUCUACAACAACGAGAAGGCCUGGGACGACCAGGUAGGUUUCUCUAUCCUCGCACUCGCUUCGUAGUCCCCUGCCCGUUCAGUCAUACUCAAAACCUCAACGACUGCUUAAAUGGGAUCUAGAAGCCCUAGGCAUCUAGAAGCCGUCGAUUCCCAUCAUCUUCAUCUACCCUCCUGCUGCGCUCGAUAUUACUUCUUCCCCAUGUUCCAGCUCCGUAGUUCUUCUUGGCCCGUGCCUAUCCGCAUGGCGGAAUACGAAGGCUGACCUACCGCAGCCGCCGCUAGCCCUGCUGGAGUCAGCCUUCUUAUUUUAAUAUUAUCCAUGCCGGAAUAUGCUUCGAUUCUAGCUUUGGCAGUACAAGCCAUCCUUGGUGGCUUCUGUCGAUGGCAACGCUUAUGAGCAGGGGUGAGCCCACCACCCCGAUUGGUCAUAUCGUUGAUGUUGAUAACAUUGAUAUCUGCAUAGCUACUUUGUUAAAUAAUUCAUUCCUGGGCUGUUCAUCUUAUCCUUUGGUGGAUUGGUCGUGUGCAGUGGAUCUUUUGGGUUGGGCCUUUCAUUGGUGCAGCAAUCGCCGCCAUCUACCAUCAGUACCUCCUCCGGGCUGGGGCCAUCAAAGCCCUGGGUUCCUUCCGCAGCAAUCCCAACGUCUGAGUUCGGGCCCGCGCGUCGCCGGCGCUGUCUUCCGGUCAAGAAAUAAGAACAACUCUGCCGGGAGGAAGCGGUGGGACGUGAGCAACCAAUGUGUUGCCGGCGACAACCAUCGGUCCUGUGGCCAUGGGCGACGCCGAGAGUUUCCCCGCUCGUCGCUCGCACUUUAGCUUGUUAUCUUCACUUUCCAGCCAUUUGUGUGAGCUUUUCUCAAUGUAUCUUUGUACUUACUUCUUCAUGAUGUGUGGUUCUUGGUUUAUCCCUCCCGCCUCCGCUCUCUCUCUCUCUCUCUCCUCUCAUGAUGUUAGUUUUAGAUUAUCAUUCUUAUUAUAACGCCUAACGAAUGUGCGGUAGCACCGGUAGAGAAGCGACGAGGUGAGGGAGGGAGAGAGAGAGAGGGGGGCCAUAUGGGCCGGUCAAGUAAUGGACUUGACGUAGUCUUGUUGAUCAAUCAAUAAAGGUGGGGAGUAGAGUCUAUUUUUGCAGUUCUAUUUUACUGGUGCAACCACUUGAGAGACUCUGCGUAGUUACACCAUACCUCCGACCGCGGUGGGCUCCACAAGGUCAACAUCUCCGUUCACAAUUAUAAGCAAUAAGGUGGUCUUUCACUUUCUCCGUACGAUGCCCCCCGGCAUCGACCAGCAAUUUUUUUGGGUACGGCGGGCCAUGGGUCAUUGAACAAGGAGGGAAACUAAAUGGCCUGUUUCCUUCAGCGCCGACGUCACACAUCCGAAGCAUCCAGUCUGGGAUGAUCGUCUCGCGGAAAAACAAUCCAAUCCCACUGCCCAUGCAAUCGUUUCCUUCUUAUUUUUCCAACAAAUACUUCCCCAUAAUAAGAGCAACGAUACUAUGAUCAACGUCGUCGUCUAUAGCUUACAGCGUCACCUCGUUGGACUCUUACGCUAAUGUACCAUCAUCAGAAGGUGGAGGGGCGAAUCGUAGUGGCAGACCAGGGUAGGGGUUCGGGCUCAACCUUCUUCGACGGAGAAGUCGGGUUCGGCGGGCUUCUGCAGAGACGAAUUGACUGCACUCGAGUCCGAGCCUCGGCGCUCUCUGGAGCCACUCCUCGAGGUCGGCGUCAGACGAUGAUGCCCUGGAGCAACACGAGAUUGCAUCAACUUCAGCGGCUUCUUCUCCGGAGGAUGGAAUGAGGCGGCGACCACGUCUUCUCUCCGCAGAUCGAUCGACAUCGAAGCCCUCCUUCUCCGGCUCCGCCGCCAAGCGGCCUGUAUGAAGCAUGCUGCCCACGCACGCCACUGGAGUGAGUAGAACCGGAACUUGUGCCUCAGCUGCUUGCUGUGCAGUCUCCUGAACUGCGCGGCGACGAACCUCAAGUCCUCUGCCACGAGAGCGAAGGCCUCGACCUCCGAGAUGGCCUUGACCGUGCGCGUCGACGACGGCAGGCUGGCGGUGGGCCGCGGGUCGAGGGCCCACGUCAGAAGCUCCUCCCCGCAGAAGUCUCCCGGCCCGAUCCGGCAAGAGUUGAAGAACCCCGUGCGGCCGCCGUUGGUGGUGUAG